GAGAGAGAGCGCAAUAGUGAGCGUAGAAGAGGAGGGGUUUGGAUAGCGGCGAGACGAACUACGUCGCAGCAGGCUGCGACCGACCAGUCAGUGAGCAUUCCCUUAUCUACCAAUGGAAUGCAACAGCUGCAGCAGCCUUAGAGUGUGUGUGUUUUUGUGCAAACGUGUUUGUUAAAGGGGGAGGGGGCGGUCGCGGUGGGCCUGCAGGAACCCCCCUGAAAGACCCCCGACUCUCAACCCCCCACGUUCUCGCUCAGCCGGGCUCCUGAAGAGCAGCUCAAGCAAACAUAAGUGUGAGAGACUCGUCAGGGCAGCGCACUCCAAACACAGAGUGAGCGAGGGAGAGAGCGAGGAGAGCAGAAAGUAAGGGAAGUGGAGCAGGGAGCCUUGAAGGGAGGUUGAGGAGGUGAGCGAAGGGUGAAAAGGAAGAGAGGCGAGGGAAAGACAAAAGAGAGAGAGAGAGAGAAACGGUGAGGAGAGCGAGAGCGGAGGCAGACGAGAGGGAAAUGGCUUCGGAGGAGACCGCUGGAGGAGCUCGUAAAGCCACCAAGAGCAAACUAUUUGAGUUCCUCGUUCAUGGAGUGCGGCCUGGCAUGCCAUCAGGGGCACGGAUGCCUCACCAGGGGGCACCAAUGGGGCCUCCAGGACCACCAUAUGGAGGAAGCCCCACAGUACGGCCUGGACUCAACAAUCAGGCCAUAGAACCCAGUCGUAAACGACCCGCUCCUUCACAGCAGCAGAGUCACCAACAGCAAGCCGUACAGAAUCGAAACAGGAAGAAGCCUGUGGGAUUUUCUGGACCAAAUGAGAUGCCAGGGAGGCAGAUGGACAUGAGAGAGACCCAAUCAGAUCCCACACUUGGAUUAAAUGCCAAGAGGAGGAAGAUGGCUGAUAAGAUCCUUCCACAAAGGAUUCGUGAGCUCGUCCCAGAGUCCCAGGCUUAUAUGGACCUGUUGGCAUUCGAGCGUAAAUUGGACCAGACCAUCAUGCGCAAACGGGUGGACAUCCAAGAAGCACUUAAGAGACCCAUGAAGCAAAAGCGAAAACUGCGUAUCUACAUCUCCAACACCUACAACCCUGCAAAGCCUGAUGCUGAGGAUUCUGAAGGCAGCAUUGCAUCCUGGGAGCUACGAGUGGAGGGAAAAUUGCUGGAUGAUCCAGGAAAGUUGAAGAGGAAGUUCUCCUCAUUCUUCAAGAGUCUGGUGAUCGAGCUGGACAAAGACCUUUACGGACCUGAUAAUCAUUUGGUUGAGUGGCAUCGAACCCAGAACACUCAGGAGACAGACGGUUUUCAGGUGAAGAGACCUGGUGAUGUUAGUGUGCGCUGCACUCUGCUGUUAAUGCUGGAUUACCAGCCGCCUCAGUUUAAACUGGAUCCGAGACUGGCUCGUCUUCUGGGUAUUCACACACAGACUCGCUCCAGUAUUAUACAAGCACUCUGGCAGUAUGUCAAAACCAACAAACUGCAGGACUCCCAUGACAAGGAGUACAUCAACUGUGAUAAGUACUUCCAGCAGAUCUUUGACUGUCCGCGUCUGAAGUUCUCUGAAAUUCCACAGCGUCUCACUAAUCUUCUGCUGCCCCCCGACCCUAUUGUCAUCAACCACAUCAUAAGCGUUGACCCUAAUGAUCAAAAGAAAACGGCGUGCUAUGACAUUGAUGUAGAGGUGGAAGAUCCCCUUAAAGCUCAGAUGAGCAGCUUUCUGCUCUCCACAGCCAAUCAGCAAGAGAUUGCCUCACUGGAUAACAAGAUCCAUGAGACUAUUGAGUCUAUAAAUCAGCUUAAGAUCCAGAGAGAUUUCAUGCUCAGCUUCUCCAGAGAUCCCAAAGGCUACAUCCAGGACUGGCUCAAAUCCCAGAGCAGAGAUCUUAAACUUAUGACAGAUGUUGUUGGGAACCCAGAGGAGGAGAGAAGAGCAGAGUUUUAUCAUGAGCCAUGGUCUCAGGAGGCUGUCAGUCGAUACUUCUAUUGCAAGAUUCAGCAGAGGAGACAGGAGCUGGAACAGGUUUUGGCUUUGAGGACCACCUAAACCCCACAUCACUCACAUUCAGACAACAAGGCUCGAUGGUGACAACAUUUGCUCCCUGCACUGUUUCUGCAGUGUAUGAGAAUUCGUGUACGUGUUCAGUCAUUGUCAUCGCAUGACCUACGAUUUACCAUACUGGACCAAUUCAGUCACCACAACAGCCCUUAGAUCUCCACUGUAUGUACAUUUCAGCCGAACGUGGUACGGUGUCUUCCAUUCUGGAUGAAUUCAUUUCAACUUGAAGACUUGGCUUCAGGCUCACAGACUGUGAAACCAACCUGUGUUGGAGCAUGAAUUGGAUUCAGCUUUCCUUGUCUGUCAUCAAUUCUUGGAAUUCAGACAUUUUGCUUAUUAGUGUGACUUUUGGAUCUAGAAUGAUUAUUUUAAAAUGUCUGCCCUUUUUUGUCAUAAGUGUAUUUAUGAAGUACUUUGAGGAAGGCAGCUUUUAAUAGGAACAUUAAGGAGCAUAUUUCAGUAUUACCUUAACCAACUACAGGGUAUGUUACUCUGCUCUCCCUACCACACCUAUUGAGCUGCUUUAUUUAAGCAAACAUUGUACAGAAACAUUGAAGGAGGUUGUUUUAAAUGAGGUAUUUAAACGCUAUUUAGAAGGAUCUGAUUGGUCACUGCUUUUGAAAGCCUUUAUUGUAUAUGAAGAAAUGACAUGAAGAAAGUGGGCCAUACAUGCAAAAUAAUAAUUAAUCAUAAAAACAAUUGGACAGAUGGAUUAACAGUCAGUUAGAUAAACUUGAUUAUUCUGUCAAAUCACUUUUUCAAUGUUUCAUCGUUUUACAACCUUUUCAUGCACAUUUUAGACCAUUUUCUUUGAACCCUAUAUUAUUUUAUGUUUUAAUAGUUUUACCAAAGGUCAAAAUGACUGAAAAACAGACUUUGAAUAGAUGAAGGACUUUUGCUUUCCGACUCUUAGAGUCUUUGCACUAAAUCAUGGAUGAUCAAUGAGUGCUUCGAAAGCUUUCCAUGCUAAUUAUUUGUUACUUUAAACAAAAACAAAUGAAGGAUGAAUAAGGGGAAAACAUGUUGAAAUGCACAUUUGUUUGACAUUAAUAAUUUGAUCAUUGCUGUAUAGUUUUGUUUUCUCGCUGCCUCUGAGUGUUGAUCUAGAACUGAUGGAUUUUUAGUGUCAAGUGAGAGAUGAUUUGUAUAGGUCAGUUAUUGGGUGUUCUUGCAGUUGCCUGCCUGUGACCCUCACAUGUUUUCUCAUAGAGAGAAAUGCUGAUGGGUGACCUCUGUGUUGCACUCAGAGUAUUUUUUACACCAAUGCAUGCUGCAUGGACAUUUUUAUACUUUCAUACAAGGACAUGAGAGACCUGAUAGCUUUGGAACUGGAUCAGAAGAGCACUGAUCUUUAGUUUGUGACGCUCUACAUUAUAACCUAACAUGUACAGCAGAGGCCAUUUGAGGUCAUAUGUUGUGUUUUGAUUGUUUGUUUUGUUUGUCUUUUUGAAAGAUUGUGUAAUUUAAUAAGUGGAUAAGAGAAGCACACUAAGGAUUUUUGCCUCUUUGCAACAAGAGCACCUCCCUUUGACUCUUGUGGGUACUACAUGUACAGUGUCCGCCAUUUUGAACAUUGAGUUGUAACAUAAUGUAACAUUCAGUAUGACACCUGCCCUUGAUGUUGUAGCAACUGAAGAUUUUCUUUUUUGUGUGAAGCAUUCUCUUGCUUUCCAAGCAACCAAUUUUGCUGUACCUGACUUUGGUUCGACAUGGCUUUGAUGUUAACCCCAGUUCUUGUACAGAACUGUCCAUAAAUUCCGUGGUCAGUCUGUCAAACUUCGAGGCAGAGUAAAUGGGAUAACACUGCCCUCUAGUGCUCGUUAAAGGGAAACAUCUUCCCCAAACGGUGAGGGCAAGCUAUUCUCAGCACAGUAUUGGAAUGGGAUCACUGUUGAUUCUGUAGUAUUUAUAUACGAAAUACGUCAAGGCUUUAAACUUAUUUGAAACCUCUGUUAUAACCAUUUUAUUUGGUUGUAGUGUUUGUCUCGUGUGUGUUUAUAGAACUACUGCCAGCAGAUAUCUACACACGUAGGUUUGAAUGAUACACUUUGUCAUUUUGUUUUUCUCACAGUAUUUGUACUGCAAGUUUGUUGUCUCACUUUGUUCUACUUUCACCAGAGAUUAUUACGAAAAUGUAGUACCUGUGUUAGACAGUGAGGAUGUAAAUAAACAAACGGUUGCCAAAGUUUGUGAAUGGAACACACUGAAAAUGUGUUUGCGUGUAUGUGAAAACGAAAAAAAAUGUACACAUGGUUUGAUAACAAGAUUGUGGUAGCUGAGAAUAAAAGACUCACAUUGCUUUUGAUUUUGUUGUAAAUAUUAGGUUGGCACUAUUAUAUAUAUUUUAACUAUUUAUGUAUUUGUCUAUAAAA